AUGCAAGUCUAUGAGGACAUUCUAUUCAUCGGUCAGAAACUAGGCAAGAAAUUGCGGUCAUCUGUCCUGUCUAGAAGAGGAUCAAAGAAUAAACCUGGAGGUGACCUGAAACUUUCACAGACUGAUGGGCUCAGCGAAGAACCUAGGGGAGGAACUACCGACAGUAUCUAUGGAAGUCCUUUGUCUUGGGAAACAAAGGAAGAUCUACUGGAGGAAAGAGGAUCUGUGCUACAGAGUGGAGGCAAUAUGUGGAAGGGCAAGGAGAACUUGCAGGAGAGGAAAGAUUGCAGACCAGAUACUUUUGAAGAUGACCUGACGAAGACUAAAAAACUCCAGUUUUUAGAUAAAUCAAAGGCAGUUUACCCGGAUGAGAUGUUCACUCAGAAAAGUGCUAAAAACUCCAUGCUCUUGUACAAUGGUGACAAACCAAAAGAAAUGCAGGACUGUCGACCAGGCACAAUGGUGAAAACCGAUUCUGAAAAGAAUUGGUCCUUGGACACCCUGGGUUCUUCUCUUAAUGAGGAAGAGGGAGCAGCAGAAUACACCCCCUCAUGGAAGUUAAAGCACGAGGCGUUCUGUAAUGACAACCUCACUUCUCUAGACAAAGGUGAACAAACAAAAGAAAUGGACAGUCAAUCUAAGAAACCUAUUAAGAUGAGAGUUCCUCGUUUGCCUCGUAAAGGAUCAAAGAGCACACUGGAUGAAGAAUUCCAACAGAAAGGUGCAGAUCUCUUUAAAGCCAGAGACCUGAAGACCUCUGAAUUUAAUAUGUACAAGGACUAUAGUGAGCUGAAGAAGCCACCUAUCUUGAGAGUUCCUUUGCAAACAUACAGUGAUUCAAAGGGGCUUGAAGAUGCAGGAACUCCAGCGAAAGGAGCGGAACUGUUUAAAGCAGGAAACUGUGAUGACACUUGGACUUUGACAGAAGAGUACACUCUGGCUAAAGACCAAUACUUUCCUGAAGACCUUGAUCCUACAGGUGCUACGUCCAGUGACUACCUUUCAGAGGCAGCUAAGGCUGAGUGGAGGUCCUCCCAGAUGGAUGUGAGGCGAUCAAGAGACCCAGAGGAUGAGCAGCAGUUGGAGGCAGUGGAAGAAGAGGAGGAAGGAGACACUGACAGUCUGAUGGAGUGGUGGAACACAGUAGAAUUGUGGGAUGAGGUACCAUCAGAUGAGGAGAUCAGCCUUAAAGAGGAUGAAACUAAAUCCUUCACUGAGAUUGCUGGGAAGGUCCACCGUGGGCUCCGUGUGUUCUACAAGAGUUUCACCGAGCAAGCCGAAGUACUCUACCAGCACGUGCUUUUCCUGUAUGCCAUUGCUGACGACCUUAGCAGCUUCCACCGGCGGGCUAGGAUUGCGAACAUCACUGGUGGCACCACGACAGCGGUGGGCGGUGUGGCGGCCAUUGCCGGGCUCGCGUUGGCACCCGUCACUUUCGGGGCAUCUCUCAUUGUGUCGGCCGUCGGGCUUGGAGUAGCUACAGCGGGCGGGAUCGCAGCAGCUUCAGCAGCCAUUUCAGACAAUGUUCACGACAUGAGCGACCGCAAAAAGAUCGAACUCCUCGUGCAGGACUACGAGACUCGUCUGACGGACCUGCAGCGCUGCCUGCAUUUCGUGGCCGAGGGAAUCCGCCGCCUAUGCUGCCACCCGCUGCUUCGCCGCAACAACUACUACACCGGAGAUUGGGAGGUGCGGCGAGCACUGCAGACCGUCAGCCUGGUCACCGAGCCGGUGGAGCGGGCUGAGGAGAUAGUCAAUAGCGCGAUAGUGGCCCUGAAUAACGAGUGCAAAGGCAUGGAUAAGUACUUCACGAAGGACUCGCGCGAGCUAAAGAAGGGCUGCAAGAAGGAGUUGACUGCGCGAGUGCAAAUGCUAGCCAAGCAGCUGCACGACGGCUUGGUGGCGCUCAAUUCCAUAAGGGAGCAGCUGCUGGAUGCUACGGGAAACAUUUAGAACUGCCUUGUGGACUUGGCUUGUGCUUGGAUUUUGAAGGCAUGCCAGAAGAGUAUACAGCCGAACCAGCAAUGGGUCAAAUUUAAAGGUUAUGGAGUGUUUUGCGUGAGAACUGUUUAAGACUGGCCACUACAAAGCUUGCAGAAAGGUAUGACUGGUAACCAUGAUGUCUCCUCUGAAGAUUUAAUCAGUAUGGAAAACAGAAAAUUUUGUAUACAAAUAAUUUUGACUUUUCUCAACUGCACAGUCGCACACCAGAUGAUUGGCAUAACUUUCAUAUGCACAGUAAUGUUUAACCCUUCACUUUUGUUGCUGUUUAACAUGCCACAUUUAUCUUGUAUGGAUUCUCUUGCAGGUCACUCAUUUUGAAUAAUUACUUCCACGGGAAAAUUGUACAGUCGAUAAUUGAUUUUAAUAUUGUAUUAUCUUGCUUCUUAUCUGUGAAUUGAAUAGCAGCUGGCAUCAAACCACGGACUGGAACACAAAGUAGUUUGAGUAGGAAUCUUAAGUUAUUUGUAGGUUUAUGGCCAAUGUGCUGUUCAAUUAGCAUAUAUUGUAACUAGAAUGCACAAAGCAAUGCUGCCAACUCUCAGAUGCUAUUUUAAUCUUCUUACACAAUUCUAAUAUAUUGUCAGAAAGCUUUUGAAGUUGCCUUGCAUCCAUUGGUUAUCUACUUGCUUUGUGAAGUUUUCAUUUUUUGCAUGUGUAAACUGUGUAUCCGGUAUAAUUUUAUUUCAGAAAUGUUCUGUGCAAUACCUGUAUUUGUAAGUG